GGACUGAUUUAUUAAGCUUUGUAUUUCUGGGGGGUUAUUUACUACUAUCUCUCUCUCUUCUUUUUCAAAAAACAAAAUUACUUCCUCUCUCUAGGGUUUCGAAGGGAAAACUUUCAGAGAACCCCGGAGGGUACUCCCACCCUAACCCUAAUUGUAGGGUUGUUACAGCUUACACGACAAGUUUAUUGUGGUUAUUUGAUUCACGAGAUUCAAUUUGUUUUCUGGGAAGAAUAAAAAAUAGAGAGGAAAUCAAUUUUACUUUAGCGUCUCCAACGACGUUGCGGAUCGUCUUUUUGAUGCAAUUUCUACGUUGAUUUCAUGUUUCUGGUUUUUAGUUCAUGGUGUUUGGUAGAUGCUGAAUGAUUGCUAGUAUGGACUUAAAUGCUUCACCAGUACCUGAAGAUGAUGAAGAGAUAUAUGAAAGACAUAUUGAACAUUACUCUGCACAAGAAGAACAUGUAGAAUCUGCAGUUGAAAUUUCGCGGCGGGAACGUGAAGAAAGACGGAAGAGAUUGAGAAGAGACCGAUCGGAUGACCGGCCAGUCCAUGUCUCUCAGCCUCCUGUACAUGAUCACUUCUAUCAAAAUAGGAAUCCCAGGUCUUAUGAUAAAAGCAGGAUCCCUCCUGGUUGGCUGGAUUGUCCUUCAGUUGGUCAGGAAAUAGGCUGUAUUAUUCCUUCUAAGGUUCCACUUGGUGAAUCUUAUAACGACUGUGUUCCUCCUGGUAAAAGAUACUCUUUUAAGCAAGUGAUUCAUCAGCAAAGAGUUCUAGGAAGAAAGCUUGGUUUGGUGAUUGAUUUGACGAACACAUCUCGUUACUAUCAAACUACAGACCUGAAGAGAGAAGGCAUUAAGCAUGUAAAGAUUCAAUGCAAAGGAAGAGAUUCUGUACCUGAGAAUGUGGCUGUAAAUACCUUUGUUUACGAGGUGUCGCAAUUCCUCCUACGUCAAAAAUCAAAGAAAUAUAUUCUUGUUCAUUGUACCCAUGGGCAUAACCGUACUGGAUACAUGAUUAUUCACUAUCUUAUGCGAUCACAAUCAAUGUCUGUUACUCAGGCGAUAAAAAUUUUCAAUGAGGCACGCCCUCCAGGAAUCUACAAACCUGACUACAUUGAUGCUCUGUAUGCAUUUUAUCAUGAAAGAAGGCCUGAAAUGGUCGUCUGCCCUUCAACUCCUGAGUGGAAGAGGUCUUCUGACCUUGAUCUCAACGGUGAUGCUGUUGCAGAUGACGACGAUGAUGAUGGAGGUGGAGGUCCAGCUGCAUUACCUGAGAAUCAUGAAACAGAUGCAGUGUUGACAAAUGAUGACAUUUUGGGAGAUGAAAUACCUCGUGACCAACUGGAAUCAAUGCGGUCAUUCUGCUACCAGACAUUGAAGUUAAAUCUUGGAGUAAGAGGACAUGCACAAUUUCCGGGAUCGCAUCCAGUUUCACUUAACAGGGACAAUCUACAACUUUUAAGGCAACGUUAUUAUUAUGCUACUUGGAAAGCGGAUGGAACACGAUAUAUGAUGUUAAUAACUGUUGAUGGUUGUUACUUAAUUGAUAGGAGUUUUAAUUUCCGAAGGGUUCAGAUGAGGUUCCCAGCCAGACACCCAAAUGAAGGUAUAGGGGAGAGAACUCAUCAUUUCACAUUGCUUGAUGGUGAAAUGGUAAUAGACACCUUGCCAGACUCGCAAAAGCAAGAGAGAAGAUAUCUCAUUUAUGAUAUGAUGGCAAUUAACACUGUUUCUAUUGUAGAGCGGCCCUUCUAUGAACGAUGGAAAAUGCUGGAAAAAGAAGUGAUUGAGCCUCGAAAUUAUGAACGGCAGAACAUUUACCAGAGCAGGAAUCCUUACUAUCGAUAUGACCUUGAACCCUUCAGGGUGCGGAGGAAGGAUUUUUGGUUGCUAUCCACUGUAAAUAAGGUUUUGAAGGAAUUUAUCCCUAGGCUCUCUCAUGAGGCAGAUGGUCUUAUUUUUCAGGGUUGGGAUGAUCCGUAUGUACCUCGCACUCAUGAAGGUCUUCUGAAAUGGAAAUAUGCUCGGCUGAACUCUGUUGACUUUCUAUUUGAGAUUAGCAGUGAUGAUCGUCCACAACUUUAUCUCUUUGAACGGGGAAAAAGGAAGUUGAUGGAUAGGGAUACAGUUGAAUUCAGAGAUGUUUCAGAUCCUCCAUCUUCAUUCUCUGGGAAGAUUAUCGAGUGUUCUUGGGAUCCUGAUCAGCAGGUGUGGGUCUAUAUGCGGAUCAGGACAGAUAAGUCGACUCCAAACGAUUUCAAUACUUUCAAGAAGGUAAUGCGAAGUAUAAAGGAUAAUAUCACAGACGAAAUCUUAUUAAAUGAGAUUAAUGAGAUUAUUCGGUUGCCCAUGUAUGCCGAUAGAAUAAGGAUGGACAGCAAGGCUUCAGCACGACGCAAGUGACAUUGGGUUGUGCAGUUGCUUGAGAUAUCAGUAUUGGACGGCUUGGGUGUGCUGUGGUUUCUUAUGGCGUUAAGUUAGGUGCAUAAUGAGGCGGUUGUGUUGAGCAGAUGACGUUGAUGAAUCGGGUGGGUCACUGGGAUAUGAUGUAUUGUAAUUAAAAUCUGUCAAAAUCUUUGUGGUGAGUGGUAUGAUCCAGGCAGCGGUGCAAUAGUUCUCGAAUAGUGUUACGCCAAGUUGAGUUGAAAGGUGGUCUGAGACUAAUUUUCUUAUAGUUGGCCAGAUCAAAGAGGAUUUAGCAUUGCAGCAUGCAUGCAUUUAGGGUAACCAAUGUAUAUUAUUGUUUAUUGUUUCAUUUUAAUAUUUUGACCCCGUCCUAGUGCUAGUGGUUGAAUUAAUUUAGUAUUGUUUGGUCCUAAACAACCGCACCAUAUUGGAUCUCAACACAUCACUUAAACCAAAUGAUAAUAUAUGUCUUAGGGCGUUAGAUCUCUCAAAAUUAGACACAGCCAAGUUGACAUCGAUCUUGCGUUGUCUUAAUUUUCUUUUUUCAUUUUUCCCUUUUUUGAUUAAGGAGGCCUGAGAUUGUGUUAUUGUCGAAAUUGAAUUUCUUUUUGAGAUUACAUGAAUGCAUUUAAGACUAUGUUAUGUUUGGUCUAUACAA